CCAGUGUUUCUGGCCACAAGUUGAGGUAGACGUCAGAGUGCAAGCCUUGUACUGGUGAGCAGACGUGUGCGAUGACCUCAGCAGUUUGUGCGCAUCAGCUGACGCUGACAGACACCGGAAGACAUGCAACGGAAGGUGGAGAUGCCGAUCAACGAAGGGUUCUCCAUCGCCGGCCCCUCAACCACGCCCCGGAAGCGGCAGGUGCGUUUCUCCGCCCGCCACGACAUCCUGCUCCUGCGUGAGGUCAUUGCUCAGAACCCGUUCAUCUCGAAAGAGUCGGGCCGGAUCUGGGCUCGGGUGGGUGAGAUUGUUACGGCAGCACUGCAGGACGAGAACUUUGAGGUGGAUGGACGAAGAUGCAGAGAGAGAACCAUGCUGCUGCUCGACUACUACAAAAAGCAGGACUUUCCCAGCUUGCGCAGGUUCGGCACGGAGAGGCUCUAUGCUCAGAAGGAGGAUCUGCUGCACGAGGUUCUGGAGCUUGAGGCUGAGAAGAACCUGAUGGCAAGUGGUGAAGGGAAAUACCAAGAUGGAGAGAUGAAGAAGAGAACGCUGGAGGAGCUCACACUGCCUGAGCCGGAGAAACCCACUGUGCUUCCGGUCGCAGCAGCGGCACCUGCAGCGUCUGGUUCACUGGAGCCGGAGGAACAAGAGGACCUGGCCGAGCUUUCGGCGCCCACAGCUAAGCGGCCUUGCCAAUGCUGCUGUCAGACGUACUCAGAGAUCCUGAGCUUCCUGGAGAAGCGCUCAGAAGCCGAGCAGCGGCUACGUGAAGAGGAGAUGGCGCUCCGCAGGGAAGAGCUCGAGAUCCAGAGGAGCAAAAUCGCUCUGGAACGCGAACGACUCGGUGCUGAGAGGAAGGAACGUGAGCGGCGAUUUGAGCUGGAGAGCCAAGAGAGGCAGGUCAUCCUUGACCUGCUCAAGGAGAAAGUUCUCAAGUGUGAGAAGAACGCCGAGUGCUGACUUUUCGGAACACGACACAGUCCUACAUUGCCAUUUGUUUUGUAACUCGUUUCUCACGUUGUCCUCACAAACUGUCCCAUUUUGUCUUUGUUCAAGAGGUUGGAGAAGUAAUUCUAACAAAUAAUCACUGUUCAGAAUACUUAAAUAUUUGGGUAAAUCGUGCGUAGAUAUUGAAUUGUAAUAGGAACUAGCUAACAACUAGCUAAAUAAUUGGCUGAAUAAUAAUUUAUAGAUUGUAGCACUUUACAGAGGGUGUGUCCCAAACAGUAACACUUGAAUUUAGGGCUGGAUGACAUGACAAAAAUAUCGCAUCAUGAUUGAUACACGAUGAUAUUUCUACGAUAAAAAAGGUUUACGAAAAAACUGCCAGCAAAACACCAGUAACGGUAAAUAAAAAAAAAUUAAUAAUAAUAAUAAUAAUAAUUUAAAAAGUUACUUUUUUUUUUACAAAAAUAUAUUACAUCUAAAAUAGGAAAAAAAAUGAAUUCUAAUAUUAAAUUUAAAAAAAAUUACAGCGAUCCUUAUUAGGAUUUAGUACAACAUUUUAACAUCACAUCAGCUGCAUCCAGUCAGGGAUUAUAAUUAUUUCAAAUAAAAAAGUAAUUCGAAAAAUAUGCCAUGAUAUCACGAUAUUUCAUAAAAAUAUAUUGUGACGUACCUUAUCACAUCUGUCCAGCCCUACUUGAGUUUUUAUUUGAAAUUAAUCCUAACUAAUAAUGGUUGUUGAAAAACUUUCAAGAACUCGACACUGAUAUAACGUCACAAAUACAAGUCGCUAGUAACGUCGCUCGUUUUUCAGAAUGCGAAUCAAAUACGUUACAGUGAGCACAGAUACUUAGCUAUUUAGGUUUUAUUUCAUGAUACAACCAUUGAGAUGUUACAUUUUUGAGCCAAAUCAACAUUUCCAGGUGCGGAAACUCGAAAGAAACUUAUUAGAGAGUGAGCGAGCGAAUAACGUCAUUCUAUACACCGACGUGUUUUUGUUUUUCUCAAAAGUGUGAUGACAUUUUAUUAAAAUCUCAGCGUCGAGUUGUAAAAUUAACUACUUUAAAAGUUAACUGCUAAGUUUCUGUAUAUCAUGUCGAGCGGUAAAUGAAGAAUCAUGAGCUGGCGUUGUUGUGUAAACCUUAGCUAGCUAUGACAGCCCGAGUGAGAAGAACAGCAGUGCACUAUUUAACGGUAACAUUUAGGAUUUUUUUUACUUUGAGUCGAUUGAUAAAAAUGAAUGCAAGUCCAUGAGGGGGUACUUAUUUUUACCCAACUGUGAAGAAAUCUUGUGAAAAAAAAAAAAAAGUUGUGAUGUUUUGAGAAAAUGCUGUGCUUUUUUUUUUUUUUAAUUCUAAAUUAUUGUGUUUGGGACGGAGCCAUGUUUUGACGAUAAACAGAUAGAUAUCAACUUUGAGCACAUUUCAGCUGCUAGCAUCGUUCCUGUCCUUUCGAAAUUUCAUUUAUUGUCCUCAUACUAUAAAAACGUCCAGGAGACAAGGACGCGGGCGUCUCUGGGUCAAAAAGGAUGGAACUCGAAUUUAAAAUAAAAAAAAAAUCAUCAUCUCGCUCUAAAUGUUAUUGCAUUACUGUGACUAACCUUUCAUUUCUUUGUCUUGGGUGUACAGUGGAUAUAAAAAGUUUACACACCCCGUUAAAAUGAUCGGAUUUCUGAUGUAAA